UUGUUGUUCACAGGCUACAGCUAUGGAGUAUGGAGAUGAAAGCUUUCAUUUGCAAGAGGAUGUUUAAGUACUCAGCUGUGGAGUGCGACGGUAGCUAACCGCUUAAAAUAGCACACAUAUUCGCGGCUCAGCGAUCAAUAUGGUGGGAACGGGGCUGAUGCAUCACGGCAUCCUUUUGGAUCAGAUACGGUGUUCAUUCAAACUAUUUGCUGACUAAAUUAGCUUGUGCUUGGAAGUAGUUGUUCAAGUCCACACUUGUGGAAUAUUUAUAUUGUGAGCACGCAUUUGGACGCCAAGAGAUUUGACCUUUCACGUCUCAGACUGGGACAGGAUGAUGCCUCCAACCUCUGCUUACAUUGCAUUGACCCAGCCACCCUCCAACAACAUGUUGCCUGAGAGAGGCCCCGCCUGUGCAUUUCAUUAGUCUGAUCUGAUGAACCUCCGUUUGGCGGCAAGGUGGCUCACGCUUUCUUCAGCGCAAAAAAAAAGAUAGCGAGACGACUCUAUGGCUGGUUGUAUGCGCACUGCAUUGACCCAGCCAGCGGCCCAGCAACUUGUCUGAAGAACGGCGGCUCCGUACUCUAGACACGCUACCAUGACCUGACCGGCGGCCGAGCAACUCGCCUGCAGAAUGUCAAUGAAGGUUGACUCGCGGACAUGCAUGUUCACACGUUGUUUGAUUGGAACCUUUUUGAGGGACUAAGAUAUUUGGCGUUCAAGUCUCGGGACUGACCUGUCAACAUGUCAAGAUACCUCCAAACCUCUGAAUACAUUGCAUCUACCAGGCCAGUGGCAGAGUAGAGUGUUUGACUAGGCAACAUUAUCCACCACAUGGUAUGAACCCAUGCCUUCCACUUGAUGAACACAAAGUAUGCAUGGACUGCUAGGUGAAGGUCGAGGUCGUAGCCGGGCUGGGUGCGCGCGCGUACCUCCGUGAGAUACAUCAAAAGUCCUCUCUGAAACACAUACUGUACUAUAUAAACAUACAAAUCCCGGGGCCAGGAGGCACAUCCCUCAAUCCUCACCCAUCAAGCUCUGCCAAGCCAGCUAGCUAGAGAGGAUGGCGCUCGCUCCCAGGUCGUCCCUGCGCUCCCUGGUGUUGCUCAUGUCGCACGGGAGGCCACGGCUGAGCUCUUUCUUCUCCUUCACCACCGCCCCAGGAGCCGAUGCUCCUCCGGCCGUCCAGCCCCCAGGUCCUUCAUGCCACAAGCUCCCUGUCGAGGAAGAGUUUGUUCUUAACCCAACUCCUGGUUAUGGUUCAUGUAGCACACCUGACAAGCCUCCCUCCGGCGCCUCCGAGGAUGUGAAACAACGAGAUGUUGAUCCACCACCUCCCGCGCGCGAAGGUGUUGGACACCGAGUUGUCGAUCCACCACGCGGGGGCAGGGGGCGUCGCGCGCCCGACGAGCCAGAGCAGUGCGCCCAGGAGCAUCCCAAGUACCCAGUUCCUGACAAUUCAAGUGACAAGGUCUGCUCCUCCGCUACUCCGCCGCCGGCUCCAGGACCUUGCACCACGGCUGCCCCCGACGUCCAGCCUCCAGUCACCCCAGCUCCGCCAAAUCGUUCAGGCCACAAGCUCCCUGAUCACGAAGAGUCUGUUUUCAACCCACUUCCUGAUCCACCAUCAGGUCACAGGCUUAGCCCUGUAAUCGAAGAGCCUGCCCGGUGCACCCUGGACAACCCCAAAUACCCAACUCCUGAUCGUGGUUCAUGUAGCCCAUCUGAAGGUGCAUCUGGGGACUUGUUGGAAGAUCCUCUGCAUCGGGUGCCUGAUCCACCACGUAAGCCGUAAUCGACGAGCCUGCACCCAGGAGCAUCGACCCUGCUAAUAUUGUAUCGCAUUCGCAUAGGAGAAAAAACUGGGCAGCUUUCGCUGGCUUCUGCCCGUGCUGGGCUGCAUAUACUGUACACUCAUAAUUUUGUUUCGAUGAACCUUGUGUUGUGCGCUCAGAAGAAAUAUCCCGGUGGUUAUUUGUAAUCUCAA